AUGGAUGGCUACAGUCUAAACGAUACACUAAUUGUUGGUUCUGUUUUUAAAGUAAAGAUUAAAGCAGAUUUAAGUAAUCCUUAUCUAGAAUCUGUUCUUAAGGGUCGGAGAGUGGAAAACAAACGGGUUUACUUGCCCUACUAUAUGAUUGAGUGUUUAUUAGGGACUGAGUACAUUGAAGUUGAGCCAAUGCUAACGAAGGAGCAACUGCUGGAGAUAGACGGGGCGCCGGAACAUACUAGUCUGGAAGGAACGGUGGUGUAUGGAUUGGCGGCUAAAUUAGCAGGAAGUAGUUUACUGCCGGAAGAGAGUAAGCGGGCCGUACGGGCUAUGCACUUGCGUCGGGCAGUAAGAGGGGCACGAUCCUUAGGAGAUACAGAGAAGAUCAGAGGACUGAGUCGGGAAGAGGAGGAGACUUUAAGACGAGGAAGACUAGGCUGGCAGUUGUAA